GCCAUGUCGUGUCGCUCCGUCCAGGUGGGCGCCAGGUGUGGCAGUCGGAACUUCAGCUCCUGUUCGGCUAUCAUACCCCAGAUGGUCACCCACUAUGAAGUAAGCAAGGCACCGUGCAGGUCAGUGGCAGGUGGGGGCCUCCGAGCGCUGGGCUGCCUGGGUUCCCGGAGCCUGUGCAAUGUGGGCUUUGGGAGGCCCCGGGUAGCUUCCAGGUGUGGCCUGCCUGGCUUCGGGUACCGAGCAGGGGCCACCUGCGGGCCUCCUACCUGCAUCACCCCUGUGACCAUCAAUGAGAGUCUGCUGGUCCCACUGGAGCUGGAGAUCGACCCAACGGUACAGAAGGUGAAGAGGGACGAGAAGGAACAGAUCAAGUGCCUCAAUAACCGCUUUGCCUCCUUCAUCAACAAGGUCCGGUUCCUGGAGCAGAAGAAUAAGCUGCUGGAGACCAAGUGGAACUUCAUGCAGCAGCAGAGGUGUUGCCAGAGCAACCUGGAACCCCUCUUUGAGGGCUAUGUCUGUGCGCUGAGGCGGCAGCUGGACUGCGUGUCGGGGGAGCGUGGGAGACUGGAGGCCGAGCUCUGUGCUCUCCAGGAUGCACUGGAGGGCUACAAGAAAAAGUACGAAGAGGAACUCUCCCUGCGCCCCUGUGCAGAGAAUGAAUUUGUCACCUUAAAGAAGGACGUGGACACGGCUUUCCUGAUGAAGGCUGACCUGGAGACCAACGUGGAGGCUCUAGAGCACGAGAUAGACUUCAUGAAAGCCUUGUUUGAGGAGGAGACUGCCCUGCUGCAGUCUCAGAUCUCUGAGACCUCGGUCAUCGUGAAGAUGGACAACAGCAGGGACCUGGAUGUGGAUGGCAUCAUUGCCGAGAUCAAAGCCCAGUAUGAUGACAUUGCCAGCCGGAGCAAAGCUGAAGCCGAGGCCUGGUACCAGUGCCGGUAUGAGGAGCUGAGGCUAACAGCUGGAGACCACUGUGACAACCUUCGAAACCGUAAGAACGAGAUCCUGGAAAUGAACAAACUGAUCCAGCGGCUGCAGCAAGACAUUGAGUCAGUCAAGGCUCAGCGCUGCAAACUCGAGGAGGCUAUAACCCAGGCAGAACAGCAGGGCGAGGCAGCCCUCAGCGAUGCUAAGUGCAAGCUGGCGGGGCUGGAGGAGGCCCUGCAGAAGGCCAAGCAGGACAUGGCCUGCCUGCUGAAGGAGUACCAGGAGGUGAUGAACUCCAAGCUGGGCCUGGACAUCGAGAUCGCCACCUACAGGCGCCUGCUGGAGGGCGAGGAGCACAGGCUGUGUGAAGGCAUCGGACCAGUGAAUAUUUCGGUGAGCAGCUCCAAGGGUGCCGCCCUGUACCAGCCAUGUGUGGUCAGCACGCCCAUGCUGAGGACGGAGUACUGCACGGGGCCCGCUGGCACCCUCAGGAGCAGUGGGGGCUGCAGCGUGGUGGGCACUGGUGAACUCUACAUCCCCUGCGAGCCCCAGGGCCUCCUGAGCUGCGGGAGUGGACGGAGCUCCAGCAUGAAAAUGGGGUCUGGGAGAAGCUCCUUAGGCCAUUAGAAUUA